UGGUUCAUCACGAACAACAAGCACACCUGUGUGGUAGAGCGCGUGGCAUUUACCAAAGCUAACUAAAUGGAUGAUUUGACAGAAAAAUGUGAUAAUUUGAGUUUUAUUACCAUCGCACUAGGAACAUCGUCAUAAGUGCAGCAACAAGAAAUAACGUCACACUUUUUGUUCUGGUCUGGCCUGGCACAAAAGUGUUCGUGUAUUCCGACAUCUGGUGAACUGUGACGUUGGUUGGUUUGAUAUGCUUCGUAUGCAGAAUAGAUAUGUACCUAGACAUAAUAGCAAAAUUACGCGAGUUAAUGAUUUAUGAAUGGUUGUCGGCUGGUCAUGCAAAACGAUCCGAGUGGAAUGUAAUGCCUUCGUAUUUCUUUGAACAAGGACUAAAGGUAACAGCCGAUGUAUACCUGAAGGUUCUGAAGGAUGUUUUUGUCCCGUGGAUGAAGAAGGUUGCUGCUGGCCGUCAUUUUCAUUUCAUCUUCCAUCAAGAUGGAGUACCUGCUCAUAAUGCCAGCAAAACACAAAAAUGGCUUGCUGAAAAUGUUCCGGAGUUUUGGGAGAAGGAAAUUUGGCCCCCUAGCAAUCCCGAUAUCAAUUCUUUGGAUGAUUUUGUGCGGGGCGUCUUCGAGCGGGAUACCAAUAGGACGCCUCACACCACGCUCAGGUUACUCAAAGCUAAGAUCAUCGAGGUGAUGAUGUGUAUGGAUCGAAACAUGGCGAAACGCACAUGCGGCAGUUUGCGGAAGCGUCUAUCAACACAACAGUCAUUGAAAAGGAAGGUGACUUUUUUGAAUGAAAUAAUUUACAAUUCCCAUAUGUUACGAAAGAAAACAAACCACAGAACAUUCCUCGCAUAAAUGACUAAUUGGUGUUAAUUUUCUAAAACAUGUCAUUUACUGUAAAAAUUCGUCACGCACCCUGUAUGUGUAUGAAUAUUAUUUAUAGAACUUUGAAUAACCGUUUUGUUUAUUUUUAAUUAAUAUUUACGCAACAUG